UUUUAUUAAAUUGUUUUUCAAGUAAGAAAAAAGAAAGUGUGUGGACAAAACGACGUCGUAAGCAUAACAAGAGUAUAGGGAUUAAGAGAUUCUGGUUUUACAGUAAACAGAAACAAGGGGAAGAAGAACGACGAAGAAGAUCGAUCAGUGAAAAAUGGUGGGAAGGGGUGAAGUGCUGAGUGCUUACCGGUCACUCCUUAAGGCCACCCGAAGGACCUUCGCCGGCGACGCACUCAUGCUCAAGCAAUCCGCCGUCGAGGUGCGUAACAAGUUCGAGGAGAACAGAAACGUCACUUCUGAUGAUCAGAUCCAGAAGCUUCUAGAAGAAGCCUCCGAGGCCUCUCACUUCAUCACCAACAUGAUCGUCCAGGCUCAGCUCAAUACGGAAGCUGGCAGCUACGUGGUAAAACCUGGUAAGGAGCAUGCAGGAGCAACGCUUGAACUCCCAACAGAAGAAAGUAUCCGGAAAUCUAAAUAGGACUUCCAGGGAGAGGUUAGAACCAAGUGAUUCCUCUCUUAGAUUGUUUAUUUUUGCAUAGGAGGAAUAAUUAAUGUUAGUAGUGCAUCAAGGGAGUGGCUUCAAAUUUUCUGCUUAGAUUUGUUGUUUCUCAUUUCUAGUACCUUCAAAUUUUAUGUAGCUGAAUCAUUCAAUAUAAAGCCGAUGAUGGGUAUGGGUUUAUUCUACCCUUAUAUUUGUUUUAAACUUUUAUGAAAAUUUGAUCUGACUUUGGCGGCAGAUUUCAAAUUGAUUUAAGGAAAAUUUUGAUUGCUGC